CACGUGGUGAGGAUGCCCUUCCACGCCGCGGUAGCAAACAUGGCUGCACUCUUGAGAUCAGCGCGGCUACUCAAAAUAUCGCCUUCUGGCUUGCUCCACAUCACGGCGACCAGCAGAAACGGGCCGCCGCUCGGCCGGCUGUACAGUGGAGCCCUCGGCGGCAGCAGGACCGGUGGUUGUGCCCGUCUCAGCAGCCCUGCCUCCGAAAAUGCGUCCAGCAGUUGCGUUUGGCCGCAUGCAGUGGGGUGUGUGCGUGGCUAUGCCCUGGCUUCAGACACAAAGAAUACGGUCAGUGUUGAGUUGCAGUCCAAGCAGACACAUCAGUUUGACUGGGCUCUGGCCAAGCUGGACCACUCUGUGAGGAGGACUGGCCGCAUCACCAAGACACUGCUGCUCAGUGUCUUCCAUGAUAUCUGCAGUACAGGUUAUCACAAUGGUAACCAGGCCUUGUUGCUCCUGCGGAGCUGUGGGUCCCUGCUGCCUGAGGUGCCUCUGGAGGAACGCACUGUGCUGGUGCACAGCAUGUGGGAGAAGUUACAGGAGUUAGGUGUACAGUUAGAUGUUAGUCACUACAACGCCCUGCUAAAGGUUUACCUGCAGAAUGAGUUCAAGUUCUCUCCCACUGACUUCCUGACCAAGAUGGAAGCAGCUAAAGUCUACCCCAACAGAGUUACCUACCAGAGACUCAUAGAAGCCUAUUGCCAAAAUGGGGACAUCGAGGGAGCCAGCACCAUAUUGGGUUUCAUGAAGACCAAAGGUUUACCCAUCACUGAGGCUGUUUUCAACUCCCUGGUGACAGGCCAUGGUCGCGCAGACGACAUCGAGAGUGCAAAGAGCAUCCUGUCUGUGAUGCAGGGAGCAGGAAUUGAACCAGGUCCUGACACUUAUUUAUCAUUGCUUACCAUCUUUGCUGAAAAGGGAGACCUGGAUAGUCUGGAAAAGACCAAUGAGGAAGCAGAGAGCGCAGACUGCAGUCUAAUGGACAGGGACAUCAUGCAGGUCAUCUUCACGUUGGCUAGAGCUGGACACCAGCAGCACAUCCCAAACAUGGUUGAGCGCUUGAGGCAUGAGAAACGUUUCCUGCCAGAUUUUAUGAACUUGUGUCUGAGCCUGAUCACGCAGGGCGAGGAGGACACUGCUUUUGACAUCCUGAAGAGUUUCCCUACUCUUGAGCCCAAUAGUUACAACACUGACUCCCCCAACAUUGGCAACUUCUUCCUCAGACACUGUGUCAAUAUGAAUACGGCAGUGGCGAAGAUCAGGCGUUACUGCAAAGAGCUCCAGGAGUCAAAUCGGCACAGGGACCCACUCACCUUCUCUCUGAAUUGUUCUCUGGAGGCUAAGAACUUUGAUAUGUCUUUAGAGCUGAUGAAGAUAUUGAAGGAGCAGGGCUUACCCGUAAAGUCACACUACUUCUGCCCCCUCCUCAGUCAGAAUGUGAAGGACAAAAACUCAGCUGGUGUGUUGGAGGUGGUGAAGGGCAUGCAAGAACUCUCCGUGUCCCCUGAUGUUGAUACAUUUUCCAAAUUCAUCCUCCCUGCUUUCCCCAGCACGGAGGCAGCUCGACAGGCCCUCAUGAAUGCAGGUAUCCCUGUGGACUCUGAGGCCUUCUUGUCUGUAGAGGUUCACUCCUUGGCAGUUAGCGACUUGGGCAAACUCUACAAUUUAUUGUCAGAUCCCUCCUUCCCCCCGUUGGAGCAUAACAUUAUCCGGCACAGCCUCAUCCUGGGCUUCAGGAAGUCUGAUGAUGUGGAGAGCAUGGCAAAGAUUACAAAGCUCUUAUUCCAAGACAAGCGCUUCAGCGUGAGUGGCUCCAUGCCUGCUGAAAGGGCAUCGUACUUCUUGUACUAUCUGUUCGACAACAUGACAAAGAUGGACGUGCAGGCAGAGGAACACAAACUGCGGAAAUACUUAAAUCGGUUACAUUCUCAGAAAAUAACCAUUCCAGAAGGCAUCUGUAAAGGCAUCACGAACCAACUGCAAUCUUACAAUGUCCCAAAGCUCAUAGAGGAUGUAACGGCCUUGAUGAGCCAAGGAUACGGAGCGUCCAGUGACUCUUUGUCACCCGAUGUCCGUGUUGCUGGAACUGAGGCUAAGGUGGCGAGGCUUUUGAAGAAAUUAGCCAAACUGAAAGCCGAGGACAAACCAAUUGGCACCGUCCUCAACAAUAUCAUCCAUGCUCUCUGUGUUGAGGAGAACCUGCAGCACGCCCUUGAGCUGAAGCAGCAGCACAAGGAAGAGAUCAUAGUCACCAACUACACCUCCCUCAUCUACCUGUGCUGUCGCCAAGGCAAUGUGGAGGAGGCGCUCAACCUUAAGAGGGAAAUGAGUUGUAAGGACUCAUCAUCUAUUCUGGAUAGCAAUAAAUACAUUGCACUGGUCAGGGCGCUUUCCAAUAAUGGCAGAGUGGAGGAGGCAGUGGACAUCCUGAAGGAGAUGAAAGAGAAGGAAGUGGUGCUGACUGACACACACACCAACCUGCUCUUCCACACAUUGAACAGCCUAGUGGGCAAAGGGGGUGUCCCCAUCAUCCGACGACUGCAGGACACCAUCUUUGCCCUUGGUCUGACCAAGCCCUCUGCCAAUCUCUGUUCACCCCUGAUUACAGCCUAUCUGGAGAGUAAGGACCUGUCCGGAGCUCUGGAGGCAGUGAUUGAUAUUCAGAAGCGCUACAACCACAUGCCUCAAAUUCACAACAUCCUCGUUGGUCUUGUGGAAAACGGAGAAACUGAAUUGCUGCAGAAAGCCAUUGGUGUUGUGAGUCAGGAGCGAGGGGAGAUGAAUAUGUUCUAUGGUCUGUUCUUUGCAUUCCUGCAGACAGGUCGCAUUCGGGAGGCUCGUAAGAUUAUUGAGACCCAGGGUCUGAGGGCAAGGCCUGCACGCAUUCAGUGGUUUGCAGAGAAAUGCAUUUAUGCCAACCAGAUGGAAACCUUGCAGCAGAUGGUAGACAUGACAGCCCAGCUGUUUGAUUGCGACCGAGAUGAGAUGUACAGUUACAUCCUCCGUCUCUGUAAGGAGACCAAUAACUUGGAGAAGGCAGAGGAGGUGUGGACAAAAAUGCAGGAGGAGAACAUCAUUCCCAGGGAGAGGACCCGGCGUAUGCUGGCAGACAUAAUGAAGAAUAAUGGCCAUGAGGUUCCCUUUGAGGUGCCUGAGACCUGGUAUGACCAAGCUGCUACCACAAAGUCAGCAGUGACCCCCAUCACAGCUGAAAGUAAUACUGAAUACCAGGCCAAUCUGUCAUCCCUCUGUAAGAAGGGCAAAGCCAAAGAGGCCUAUAAGGUGCUUAAGGAAGCUGAAGAAACGGGUUUGACACUAACCGCUUCUCUAUAUGACCUCACAAUCUGUGCGCUGUUGGCUCAGGGAGACUUUAAGGAUGCCAUGGCGGUCAAGGACAUUGCUUUGUCUCGUGUGCCAGACUUCCAGCUGACUAACAACGCCAACAAUUUGCUCAUCAUCGCACACAUCAAGAAAGGCCGGGCCAAUAAUGCUCUUGAGACACUGAAGUUUAUGAUGCAGAUGGGCCACAUUCCCUCGCAUCCUGCCAUCAUGAAGCUGGUUAAUGCCCUGGGUGGCGAUGGCAACAUAGCGGGUAUCCAGGAAGUGGAGUCACUGAUGAAGGGCCUUGACACAACCUUGAACAUAUCCAGGAUUUUUGUCAACAACAAGGCUCUGGCACACAUCAAGAACGAUGAUAUGGAGUCAGCAGUAGAGUUGCUGGAGUCAGUGUACACCAGUCCAGACACCCAACACAACAGUAUUUCCUUUGUCUUCGCAAAGGUCAUAGAAGAUGGCAACGACAAAGCCUUAGACACGUUGAGCGCUAUGGCAGAGCGGCUAGCCAACCACUUUGCCUGCUACAGACCAGCUACAGACCUAUUCCUCCAGCUGCUGGAUAUGGACAAAUAUGAGGAGGCCAAGUUCAUGCUGGCUCGCUGUAAUGCCCUGGCUGAACAGAAUGACACGCUGAGAUCCUUUAUGUCUCGAAAGGCUAAGACUCCUGGACAGGUGGGAAAGCUCAAGGCCCUGCUAAGCCUGAUUCCAGACUUCACAAAUAAGCAGUUAUCCUCCUUUUACCUGAUGAAAUGUCACUAUUUGGAUAAUGACUUGGUGUCAGCCAAGGCUUUGCAUGAGCAGAUGCAGAAGGAGGGAAUGGUCAUGGAUAAUGUGUCACUCAAACGGCUGGCUGUGCUGUACCGCAAUGCAGGAGAGACGGCGCCCUUCCCUGAGCCCUCUAAGUCCUUCAAGUUUUAUACAGACCAGCUAAAAGGCACAGUGACAGUGGUGUGAAGAUCCACCCCUCUCUCAUCUUACAUCAGCCCAGAUCCCACUGUUUUCUUCCUUUGUCUGUCUUUUCUUUUACAUAAGUUGUUUGAAAUUUUGAGUAUUAUGUGUUGGAACUGUUCAACUAUGUCCGCUGCGAAAAUUGAUAAUGUUGAUGAUGAUGUUGAGAAUGUACUGAAGUAUUUAAGCUAAUAAAUCAAUUUAGGAAUCCA